GCUGCGGCUGGACGGCACUCAACUCCUGCCAAACAGGAGGCGAGAAGACUGUAUUAGGCUGCAUUGGAGAUGAUUUUUUAUUUAAUUAAGUUCUCCUGAUAAAUACUCGAUCAACAGGCUGCACAGAAGCUGCAGAGAAGCUCCGCAGACUCCACUAAGUGGGAAAUCUUAUGCGCGCGUAUCCAUGUCGUCAGAUUUGUAAAUUGGCCGCGGAGCCGCGCGUUAUUAUUAUUAUUUUUUUAAUGGACUCUCCAGUCACUAGAAGGGGUGAAUGUGAAUUCACACAAACAUUCAUCCAGACCGGGAUAUAUAUAUAAAGCGCACGUAGUCGGGAUGGAUUCGUUUAACGCAAGCGGAAUGGACGCGUUCACGGUGAUCCAUCUGAAUUCCUCCUGGAGUCUGGACAGUGGAUAUUCUUUAGCGGCAAUAGCCAGCAUUGCUGCUCUUGUAAGUUUCCUCAUUCUCUUUACCGUUGUUGGAAAUAUCCUGGUGGUUAUAGCGGUAUUGACGAGCAGGGCGCUGAAAGCCCCACAGAACCUGUUUCUGGUGUCUCUGGCCACCGCGGACAUCCUGGUCGCCACUUUGGUGAUGCCCUUUUCCCUAGCGAAUGAACUCAUGGGCUACUGGUAUUUUGGAAAAGUUUGGUGCGGUAUAUAUUUGGCUCUGGAUGUGUUGUUCUGCACUUCGUCUAUCGUGCAUCUGUGCGCAAUAAGCCUGGACCGCUACUGGUCCGUUACGCAGGCUGUAGAGUACAACCUGAAGCGGACUCCUAAACGCGUCAAGUGCAUCAUCUUAAUAGUGUGGCUCAUAUCUGCUUUCAUCUCAUCUCCGCCGCUCAUAUCUAUAGACAGCAACAACGAUAUCAGCUCUCAGCCACAGUGCGAGCUCAAUGAUGACACCUGGUACAUCCUCUCCUCCAGCAUCGCGUCCUUCUUCGCCCCCUGCUUAAUCAUGAUCCUGGUGUACGUCAGAAUAUACCAAGUGGCCAAAACCAGAACCAGAGGCAUGUCGGGAAAAAAUCCCAGACCAGAUGGUGUUACACAAACUGAGAAUGGACUGAGCAAAGCCACCUCCCUUUUCCAGGGGGAGAGAGAGAACGGCCACUGUCAGUGCCCGCCUACGCCCAGCCAACGCACCAUCACCAUGGGGCCACAGACUGAGGACGCAGACAUGGAGGAGAGCUCCUCCUCAGAGGGCAAAGGUCACAAGCCCCAACACCAGGACUCUCAGAGGGCCAAGAGGGCCAGCCAAAAGAAAAGCUCCCUGUCGAAACAAUCCACUCGCAUCUCCAGAGUUAGUAACAAAUCCAUGGACCUCUUUGCCUCCAGGAGAAAACGCCGCCGGAGCUCUUUAGCCAGGAAGAAGGUCUCUCAAGCCAGGGAGAAGAGGUUUACGUUCGUCCUGGCUGUGGUCAUGGGGGUUUUUGUUGUGUGCUGGUUCCCCUUUUUCUUCAGCUACAGCCUGUACGGUGUGUGCAGGGACUCCUGUAAGAUCCCCGAUCCACUCUUUAAAUUCUUCUUCUGGAUUGGCUACUGUAACAGCUCCCUCAACCCCGCCAUCUACACCAUCUUUAACCGGGACUUCAGACGAGCUUUCCAAAAGAUCCUCUGCAAGUCGUGGAAAAAGUCCUUUUAGAUCUGAAGCAGAGCUGCUGCACCAUGACAAUCUUAAAGGAAAUAUCAAAGUGAAUUUAAAAAAAGAAGCCUGUUUUGUCUAUUACUGCCACUUGUUACUCACUGUUACGUCUCAUUGUCCUGUUGUAACUCAGUCAUGGCAGUGCACACACCCUGAACCAUCCACUGGGUGUCUCUACAAACUUCAACAUGAAGUGUGUUUCCUUUACAGGCAUUACCAAUCCGAUAAGUGAGCGCCACAGUUCUUUGAUUCCUGCUGAAGUGUGCUGUAAUGCUUUAUAGUGUAUCAUUGUCAAUCAAGCUAUCUACAUCCACAGAAGAUACACACAUGGCCGGAUUUAUCUGCUAAGGGGGCCCAGGGGCAAAAAUAAGCUGCCAGGCCCCCUCAACCCCUCCUCAAUUUCUCUCACUCUCUCUGCAUUGUGUACAAUUUUUCUGUUUUUUUGGUACUAAAAUGCUACUUGGCCACAGAUUUGCUGCAUGGUAACUUGAUUUAACAUGUUGGAAGGAAUAUGCAACAUAUGCAUACAAAGAUGAGAGAAUCUAGAUUUUAAAACUUGAUUUUGUUACAGAGAUUUUUUUCAAGAAUGAAUAUUCAAUUUUCUGGGGAUAAAAAAAAGAAGAAAAGAUUGAUAUUACUCUAAUGUCUGCACUGUAAAUAUGUAGCUGGAGCAUGGCAGAUGGUUGGCUUAGCCUAGCAUAAAGAAUGGAAACAGUGAAACAACUAGCCUGGCUGUUAGAAGUAACAAAAUCCACCUCAUAAACAAACUGUUAUUUCUUAUUUGUUUAAUCUGUACAAAAAUCUGAACCAGUGGAAAACCAUCAUCUAGUCUUUAUGCUAAGCUAAGCUAACUGGCGGCUGGUUCCAGCUACACAAGAGUUGUGUUGAUCAUCCUUCCAGCUCUCAGCAAGAAAGUUAAUAAGCAUUUUGCCCAAAAUGUCACACUGUUCCUUAAUAUUACAUAAUAAAGCAAGAUCCACCUUGA